AAACAUAAGAGUGAGAUAGUGCCACGGAACGCAAUUUUACAUCACGGUGUCGUCUCCUCCCUAAUUUUUCACUCAACGGUGUAAACCUGACUCAACAAUAAACAAUUGACGGGUACGGUCGGAAAUUUACUUCAAGUGCUACAUUUACUAAAAAUACACAAAUCUGCGGUUAUAAAUUUACUGCUAUAUUACUGAAAAUAACAUCCUACUUGAAUGCACGCAUGCGCGAGAUUUACUCCAGUUUACUCACUUUACUUCUGAAAAAUACCUGGUGUAAACGAAGUAAAUGUAAACACGUUUUGAGGUUAUAUUUUUGUGAAAGUAAAAUAGUGUGAAUUUUUCUGAAAUAUGGACAUGGAGACGCGAGAAUUAGUUUUAGUAGACGUCGAACACAAAAAACAAUAUAAACUAAUGCUGAGUGUUGAAGAUCAUGCAAGGGCAACACAAGACAUGGCAUUUGCAUCUACUUUAUUGCAACAUGCUGUAAUUAAUGGAAUGCACAAUAAUGCCACGGAAGAUCACACGGAUUCAGCUGCUGAUGUCGAGGCUGCUGUGCACGAUAAUCCCACUGAAGGUUACACAGAACCAACUUCGCCACAAAGCGGAUACGAUACUGAUGAUUUAUGCCGUUGGUCCUUUGAAGGAGUAACUUUGUUGUUAAACCUGUAUGGAGAAAAACAGGAUGUAUUAGUGAAGGGGAAGGUGAAACAAAAAGCUUUUUGGAAUAGUAUUGCCGAAUUAAUGGCUAAACAUGGUUAUACGUACACUGCCAGUCAGUGUAAGACAAAACUUGCAACUUUGAAAAGGCAAUAUAAAAAGGUCAAGGACCAUAAUAAAGUAUCGGGAAAUGAUAGAAAAGAUUGGCCGUAUUUGGAAGCAAUGGAUGAAAUAUUUUCUUCUCAACCAUGGUUAGUACCAGUUUCUUUAGCCAGUAGUAGUAGUGCGAGCGUAAAUAGUGCUGCCAGUAGUAGCUCUACCAGUACAUCAAUUACACCUUCUACCUCAGCAACAUGUGCAAUAGCGAACAAAAAUUCACCAAAAACGGAGGGGAAGAAAAAACAAUCACCAAAAAAGAAUAGAAAAUUGGUGGACAUUUUAAACAAGUUGCGAGAAGAUAAAGAAAAGCAUCAUAAAGAAAGAAUGGAGAAAAGUACAGAAGCAUUAAGUUUAUUACGCACACUUGUUGAUAACAUUUCGAAAAAGUAAUGAUACUAAUACCUAAUUAUUUUUAUUAAUGUAUAAUAAAUUUAUUUUCAUUCGUAU